AUGCGCGCGUCCCAUGCCGCCUUCGCCCGGCGGUUCCUCUCCCACUCGGCGCGCCACUUCUCGAACUCGGGGCCGCUCAUCGUCUUGAGCGGCGGAUCUUCCUUGUACCAGCGCCCGCCCGCGGUGAGCUCACGGAGCGACGAUAGCACGUACAGGGCAUCGGCGUACCUGCAAGCCGCACGCCGACUCCCGGUGGCGGACCACUUGCAUUGGAGCCGCCACGCCUCCUCGGCGGUGUCCGGCGAGCGGGAUCACUUCGAUCCGCUCGCGGGCGACGCGGUACUGCUGCGGCGUCUGUACAUGGCGACCGGCGGUUUCGCGCUGAAGAAAGGCAAAUUAGAAUCAACUACAGAACCCCCAGGCAAACCGACGAGGUCAGUUGCCGCGGCGGCGGCCGGAGGACCAGGCGACCGGCGGGCGGAACCCGCUUUCGUUUGGUCGCAUUUCCAGAAAUGCAAUCCUUUCUCGGCUGAUCUGUUUGACAUUGGGUCGACCGCACGUACAGUUCCUCUCUUGUGCAGCUCUUCCUGGGCACCAAAUUCUUCUCAAUCUAAGGACCCCAUCCAGCCCAAAGGGGACUAUUGUGAGCAAGUUUGGAAACAUUGCAAAAGCACAGCAAUAUCCAACUCCCCUUUUCAGCCUUCCGCGCCAAGAAAUGCUGCGUUCACUGGUUCAGCUUCCAUGCUUACUGAUUUUUGGCAAUCAGAAAAUGACUUUUGUGAGUCAUUUUCCGGUACACCAAACCACCAGUCAGUAUGCUUUAAUGGGCACGCGGUCUCACUUAACACUAGGAAGAACUCUUCACCAUCUCCUGAUGGGAUUUGCCUUGAGAAGAUUGGCAAUGGAUCCUACCUUAACAUGGUUGCUCACCCAGAUGGGUCCAACAAAGCCUUCUUCUCCAGACAAGAUGGGAAGAUAUGGUUGGCUACUGUUCCUGAACAAGGAAUGCAAGAUGGUCUGCAAAUUGACGAGAUGAGCCCUUUUCUUGAUCUCGCGGCUGAAGGUCACCUCAGUUCGGAUCUUGGACUCGUGGGUGUAGCCUUUCAUCCAGAUUUUACAAACAAUGGUCGUUUCUUUGUUUCAUACAUUUGUGAUGGAAGUCAGUCACCCAACUGUGCUGGUAGGUGUUCCUGUGAUGAAGUGGUCUGUGAUCCCUCAAAGCUUGGCUCUCAUAGUGGUGUUCAACCUUGCCAGUACCAUCUAGUUAUCUCAGAGUAUUCUGCUAAAGGUUCACCAUCAAGCUUUUCUGAGGCAGUGUAUGCUGAUCCAUCAGAAGUCAGAAGGAUAUUUUCGAUGGGGUUACCAUAUGUUUCUAACCAUGCUGGUCAGCUCCUUUUUGGACCUACUGAUGGAUACCUAUACUUUUUCACGGGAAAUGGUGGGAUAAGAGGUGACUCUUUCAACUUCUCCCAGAAUAAGAAGUCACUUUUGGGAAAAAUCAUGAGGCUCAACAUUGAUGAACUUCCAGAGCUGAAUGAAGUUGCUAACCUUAGCUUAUGGGGUAAUUAUACCAUACCAAAGGACAAUCCCAAUGCUGAUGAUAGCAACUCACGACCGGAAAUUUGGGCCUUGGGUCUUGAAAAUCCAUGGAGAUGCAGCUUUGACUCCGCAAGGCCUUUGCACUUGUACUGUGCAGACGAUGUCCAGGACCAAUACAAAGUGGUGGAUUUGAUAUCCAAGGGGGGCAACUAUGGGUGGGGUGGUGCCUAUGAUGACAAGCAUGUUCUCUAUCCACCGUGGGCUGCUCAAGUGAGUAAAUCUACAGAAGGCAUCAUUUUCCCCAUAAUGGGCUAUAAGGUUUCUUCUUCUACCUCUGAGAACAUGGUAUCUGCAUCGAUAGUUGGUGGGUAUGUGUACCGUGGGUCUCUCGAUCCUUGCUUAUAUGGAAGGUACUUAUUUGCUGACAUGUACACGUCUGCCAUGUGGACUGGCAGCGAUAACACAGAUGGCAGUGGUAAAUAUACUUCUACUUCCAUUCCAUGGAGCUGUUCCAAGCAGACGCCAAUUCCCUGCGAUGAAUCUGCCAACAAUCCUCUUGGCCCAAUAUCCUCGUUUGGCGAGGAUAACAAGCUAGACGUCUUCAUCUUGGCCAGCCAAGGUGUCUACCGGGUUGUCCAGUCUACUCUUUGUGGCUAUGCUCAGCCAAAUUCUGCAACGACAAAAGGAGUGACACCUUCUGGUGGCAGCAAUGGAGUAACAGUACCAUGGAUGAAAGUGCUGGUGAUUGUGUUGUCAGUUUUGACCGCAUCUGUGGCUGGCGUGGUAGCCUGGAGAUGUUUCUGCAACAACACAGCCUUUUGCUUCAAUGGGAAUGUCCACGUAACCAAUAACAACACCAUGCACGGCACGGAGAUACUCCUUCAGCCAAACAAGGUGACAUUGAAUUGGCUAUUACUGAGCCUGAAGAGCGUCCUGAUCGCUAGAUACUCUGUUUAUGGUCUCUAGUUUCUGUUGUGCAUCAGUGUAUGCUAGCUAUCGUGUGAUUUCAUUGAACCACGCGUCUGCCGUGUGUACAUAUUUCAUUGUCACGGUUUUUUUUUUUUGCCUUUUCAUUGAACCAGGCUAGCUAAUUUGGUUCAUUGGUUAGCUAGUUUUAUUAGUCGUGUGUGUCUCUGUUUGUCAGAGGUUUAUGGAAACGCUUAGACCUUCCCUUGUGUACUUGCCAUUCUAUGGCAUUUUUCUUCUUAAUAUAUAACAUGCAGUUCUCCUGUGUGGUUCG